AUGAUUUGUGAAUUCGAAAGCAAGUUGUCAAAUUUUCAUAUCAAGUCAUCAAACAUUCGUAAAAAAAUGCAAAAGUUUGAAAGUUCUUUCAAUUUCAAAGCUUCUACUCCAGUUUCUUCUUCUCCUUCUUCCCAGCUCUCAAGUUUAAUCCAAGUUAAGCGAGACGAAAUUUUAAACUAUAGUUCAGAAUCCAACAAACGUUUCUUCAAGGAAUCUCUCAACAUUGAACAAACCAACAUUUGGCUAUUUGGACAACCAGGUGUUGGCAAGUCAAAACUUACAAAUUCCUUGUUUAAAUCAUUACACGGAGUUUUCGACAAGGAAACAGUUGCAAUCUCCGGAGGUUCCACCAAUAGCCACGUGACCCAAGACUUGAAGUACAUUCCCCUUUAUUCACCAAUACUUUCUGGUGGAAAACCUGGUAAUGUACGUGUUGUGGAUGCUUGGGGUAACGAUGGUUCCAAUUAUGAUCCAACCCUAUUCGAAAGUAUUUUGAAAGGAAAGGUUUCGAAUAAUUCACAACAAAAGAGUUUGAAACCAAGUGCAAAAGAAGAUAAGAGCAGACAAGUGCAUGCUAUUGUUUUUGUAGUGACUGCUUCUUCGUGCUCUUCUGAUCAGGACUGCAAAAUGAUUGCUCAAUAUAGCAAAAUUGCAAUGCAAAAUAAUCUUUAUCCUAUUUUGGUAAUCACAAAGGUUGACUGUUUGAAUGAAGAAUUCAAGACUCAUCCUGAAAAAAUUGAUUCUGAUCCUGCUGUCAAGAAGGCUGUCAUGGAUGUUUGUCAAAAUACUGGAAUUGAACCUGAUUCAGUUUUUUGCACAAGAAAUUUGGCAGUUGACAUUCAAAAGGAAAGAAAUGAUUUCAUUGUUUUGAGAAAUCUUGAAAUUUUAGAAGCAUGCCUAUCAGCAGCUGAUAGAUUUUUCGAAUAUAAGGCCUAUUUCUCAAAUGAGAAUGAAAAUGUAGAACUUUCUAAUAGUUUAGUUUUAAAUGCAAAAUACAUUGGUGAUUUAUUGGAAUAA